GGCAGCCAUGUUUUUUUUAAGAACCUAAACGUAGAAAUUUUGCAGCGUCUAGAGAAAAAAUAUAUAAAUUAAAGUAAAAUUAAACAUAUUUAAUUAGAUAAAACAAUGCCAAUUGAUUAAAUAAAGUGCAUAAAAUAGUAUUUGUGAAUAAUUUGUAAAAAGUUAAUUGAAAAUAAAUAAAAAUUAAAGUUUGCCGGGACGUAGCCGCAAUCUUUUAGGUGAGACGAAAAGCAAAAAAGUACUUGGUGUAAUUUGGUAAUUGAUAAAAAAUGGAAGCUCCACCAACUACAAUCGAUACGGCACCGGUGACCGGUGGUGUAGCACCCACACGUGGACGCGGUGGUGGAAUGCGUGGUUCUUAUGAACGUGGUAGGGGCAGAGGUAUGGGUAGGGGACAUUUCGGAGGUGUGGGUGGACCUGGAGGUUUUCCAAGUCGCGGUGGUUAUGUACCACGUGGUGGAAUGGGUGGACCACCAAUGGGUUAUCCUGGCCGUGGUGGGUAUGCUCCUCGUGGGGCACCGCCCAUGCGUGGCGCACCCGGUAUGGGUGGUCCGGGCGGAUAUCAAGGAAGGGGUGGUGCACCUAGGGGAGGUCCACCAAUGAGAGGAACUGGCCGUAUGCCUUUAUACAGUCAACCACCAAAGCAACAUACUGGGGUGGAUAAUAAUAAAACCGUAUCGCCUGUACAAGCUAAUGUGGCUAAUCAAGUGGUAGCAGGAACUGAAGAAACAACAACAAAUUCAGUUAAACCGGCACCAGUUACAAAUACUGAUCCCAGUGCUACAACUACGGUUGCGGCCGCUGCUCCUAUUACAUCCAAACCUAUCUCAACGGGAGUUUCACCAAAUUAUAGAGGUACUGGACGCGGUAGAGGUAUGGGCGGACCUCGUGGUCGUGGUGGUUAUAAUCCUCAUAAUGGUUCGGCUGGCAUGUCUUCAAUGUACAGUGGUGGACCACAAAUGGGUGAACAUGGAGUAAUGCGUCGUGGUGGACCACCUCGUGGUCGCGGUCAAUAUUCAAAUACUGGCAUGACACGACCACCAAUGAUGCAACAACAGCCUCAUGUUGUCAAUACACAAGUAACACAACCAAAUUCGCUAAAGCGUGGAGCACCAGGUGGACCACCAGGUCCCAAACGUGGUCGUUAUGAGGGUGGACCCUAUUCUCAACGUGCACCGGCUCCUAAAUACCAUCAACCACCCCAUAUGGCACCACCCACGAGUUAUGGAGUACAACAUCAGCAGGCUCCACCACCACCACCUCAAAGCCAUCAUGCUUAUGCUCAACAUGAUCCAUCACAAACAAUGGAUCCUUAUGCCCAAUCAUAUGCUGCUCCUCAAACACAGGCACCAUAUAAUGGUUAUGGUCAAACGACAGCUUAUUCUCAUGCAGCAGCACCAACUCAUCCCACAGCUCACCAAGCCAACAGUGGUUAUGCCACACAUGCUGCUACCGAGUAUGAUCAGAGUCAAUAUCAAGGUUACAGUUCGGCUUAUGCCCAACCAGACACACGCUAUCAAACAUAUGGCCAAGACUAUACACAACAGUAUGGUGCUCCAGCUGUUGAUUAUAGUACAUCUCAGGCAGAUUAUACACAACAUGCUCAGCAAAGCUACGACGAAAGAGCAUAUGCCGGUUACGACACACAAUCGUAUCAGCAAGGCUACACCAACUCUACAGGAUACUAUUAAAAUAUGAUAAAUAUAUAUA